AUGUGUGAAAUCGAGUAUAAUGAUUUGAUUUUUGAAAUAAGCGAAAAAUUAGAUGAGAGCCUACUUAGACGAAUGAUCAAUAUGUGCAAAAUGUGGAUACCGGAGGGCGAAGCAGUCGGUAUUCAAGAUAUGCUCACGUUUUUCAAAGUCCUUGAAGACAAGAAACGUCUUGGAAUUGAUAAUCUAGAGAAGUUGAAAGAAAUAUUGACACAACUGAAGAAAAGACCGCUGCUUAAGAGGGUAGAAAAGUUUGAAAUCAAACGAAAAGGUAUGUAUUACCGAAAUUUGCAUUUGCAGCCUAAAGCGGAAAUCUGGUGAAGUUAAUCUUGCAUAAACAGUCAGUAGUUGACGUUUUAUUUCCUCAAAUUUUAAUUUUUGAUCAAGCCAGUUAAAACUGGCUUGAUUGAACUUUGGCAAAGAUGGAUUAUUUGUAUAUUGUUACCGUUUUCUUUGAAACAAGCUGGCUCAAUUAGUCUGCGUUUACUCCAGCUCCUAACUGACCCGCCAGAGCCAGAGCGCCGGAACAUAUUGAAAUUCGUUGUUCGUUUGUGGGUUUUGCGUCGGAGAGGUCUGAAUAAACUGGAACGGAAAAUGAAUAUAUUAUAUAUAUUAAUCAAGGUUGUCUUGUGUCAACUUGAGAUUUGACUUGGCAUUUAUAUUACCGUAUUUACCCGUGUAUAAUGCGCACUUUUUUUCCCUGAAAUCGACCUUCAAAUUUACGAUGCGUAUUAUACACGGAUUCCAUUGUUUGGUCAAGAUGAUGCGUAUUAUACACGGAUUCCAUUGUUUGGUCAAGAAAACAAAAGAAGACAAAAACUUUGCAGUAAUUGGUGUUUAAUAAACGCAGUAAAGUAAACUACCAAUGAACUGUUUUCAAUUUCGAUCCAUGAAUAAAUUAAAAUGCCUAUUUAAGAAACAGCUGAUCGAGGAAAACAACAUGUGAGAUUGUCACUAUAGCGAUCAUGGCUACGAAACUUACCACUGUCAAACGUCAAAGUUACACUGUGUCCGACAAGUUAAGAAUAAUCCAGUUUGCAGAGCAACAUGGCAAUCGUGCUGCCGAGCGUGAGUUUGGUGUUUCCGAGAGUAAUGUCAGACUCUGGCGAAAAAGUAAAGAAAACCUCGAGAAGAUGCCUCGACUGAAGCGUGCUAACCGCGGAAAGAAAGCUGCAUGGCCUGAGUUGGAGGUCGAUCUGCUGGCUUGGAUUACCGAGAAAAGAAAUAACGGUCUUGCCAUUCUGCCAUCCAUUGUGCGACUGAAAGCCCUCGAACUAGCCAAGAACGAGAAGUACGGAAUUCCUGAAGGAAGUUUCAAAGCUGGCAAUCACUGGUGUCAGCGCUUCAUGAAGAGGAACGGUCUGUCACUUCGACAGAAAACAACAUUAGCACAACGUCUGCCAGAUGAUUACGAGGAGAAGAUAGUCCGAUUUCAUCGCUACAUCAUUGAUCGCCGUAAAGAACACAACUUCCCACUGCAUCUCAUCGCUAACAUGGACGAAACUCCAUUGACCUUCGACAUGCCACCGAAUCGUACUGUAAACAACACCGGCGAGAAAACCAUCAAAAUACGUACCACGGGGAAUGAGAAGAAUCGAGUAACAGUUGUGUUGGCGUGCUGCGGCGAUGGAUCAAAACUGAAACCGAUGUUAAUCUUCAAGAGGAAAACCAUCCCUAAGAUCAACAACAAGCAUGGAGUCGUUGUUUCAGCCCAACAGAAAGGAUGGAUGGAUUCAGAGCAGAUGAAAGUGUGGAUCGAAAAAGUAUGGCGUGCACGGAUCGGUGGCCUGGGGAGAAGAAAGAGCUUGCUUGUUUACGACUCGUUUGAAGCUCACAUAGAAAGGCGUGUAAAUAGGUGCUCGGUGCAUGCGAUAUUUGUAGUUUAAGUAAGUAAGUAAGUAAGUAAACAUGUAAACAUGUCAUUAAUGAACUCCCAGCUCUUGUUAAUUAAAUGGAAACAUGGAAGUUUUAAUUCUUGGCGUUUAUCUUGAAAUCUUUUUUUUUAGAAUAACGUGGUCAAAAAUUAGGGUGCGUAUUAUACACGGGCGCGCAUUAUACACGGGUAAAUACGGGUACUACUUAGUUUAGUACUGCACGGCAUGUACGGCACUCCGCUCUAGUCCUUCUAUUGAGCACUUUGCCGAUAGACGUGCAUAUGCAUCAACUGGUAUAUUAUAUAUAUUACAUGGGAAUUAAGAUUUGGGCUUCCAGAGUGGUCACCAUGUUUGAAGUUGGUACGCGGCUUUCACUGAAUAGUGGUUCUACAGUUCGUGCAAAAUUGUGUAUAUGACCAUCUUCACGCAGUCCUUUCUAUAAUUUCAGCUAAGUCAGCUGGUAUCAUUUCUUCCUUGAAGCGAGCUGCAGGAACCUUAAUAGGAGGUAAGUGAGUUCCAACAUUAGUAUCCGUUAGUUGGUGGUUACGUCAGGCCAUGCGCACGAUGUUGGUGACCACCCUUUUGGAAAAAAUGGUUUUAAUGCUACAUUUACUGUUACAGUUCCUCUAAACUCGUGUAUAAAAACUUGAUUUUCUGCACGGUUGCACUGUAAUCAAUCUGCAUUACAGAGAGUAUAUAUUUUCUGCAUAAAGCUGUGAUUUAAAGGAAUUAUUUCUUUGUUGACGAAAUGUAGUGUAGUUUUAAGAAGCUAUUUUGCCCUACUAUUAACUAAAAAAUAUAAAGCUUCGAUCUCACUUACCUCUGCAAUAAACCUGCAUUGACCAGAAUAGACAAAGCUUUUCGAGAUGCACAUAUACCAAAGUUUCUCCUGGCUUAAAAUUUGUCGAUGCAUUUUUAUGCUUAUUAAAUGAAAAACAACUUUUUAGCGUUAGAACAUAAUUUUUCAUGCACCAAAUUGUCAGUCACGAUAGUACACAACCGUGCAUAGAGGCUCGAUCGAUUAUCGUUCUUUUUCAUUGCGUGCAUCGUACCUUUGUCGUUGAAGCACCUCUGUUUAAGCACGAUCAUCAUUUAGGUGCAAAGAGAGAAGCACGAAAAUACCUUUAGAACAAAACGUACUCGUAAAUUCAACUCGUAAAGUUGAAAAUGCUUCGUUAACACAAAACUGACUUUCUUACAAGUUGAAAUAUACCAGUUUAUUGUAAUUAUUCUUUCUCGUUUCAACAGCAUAGUCUUUUUCCUCAGAUGAUAUAUCGGCGAUUGUUUGAAAUAGUCUUGAUGGAAACUCGGUUAAGGCUCGAUAAGGGCACCAUGAAGGCACGAUCUAUGCACCAUCAAUGGAAUUCAGGCUCGAUACACCUUUAUUGGCUUCAAAAUGCACUAAUCGUGCAAGCACGAUGUACAAUGACAAAGUUACGGCUUUGAUCACCAACACAGCUCAACACCGUGCACUUACCCGUGACGUCACACAAUGCGCUUUUUUGUAGGAUGACAUGUAUAGUCACGAGCAAAAUCAGCCUGUAGAGGUUCUUAAAAUUGAUUUUAUGUGCAACACUGACAAUAGGCAAGUUUCGUAUUCCCCGACGGCCCUGGGACGAGAGACUUCUUAGCAUGAUUGUGAGGCUAAUGCUGGUCAACCUUCUUGGCGAAAGCAAAAACAAACAAAAAGGUAAAUUUCGGCUAUCAGUAAGAUUUCAAAGCUUAAACUGUACCAAUAAGCUAAAGGGAUAACUGUUUCAAACAACAAAACGAGGGACUAACAGAGAAAUGAAAAAAGCGGCAAAGCGAAACAAAGAGGUAAACUUUUGAAGUUUGAAAAUGUUAAAGUUUGUUAAAAUGACAAUAUUCCGUUCCCUUGAAUGUUCACACUUCUUGUUAUUCUAUUUCACCAUUGUGUACAUCUCUAACAUGGAUUUUAAAUUGCUCAGUAUAUCGUCUGAGUGUAUAAAAUUCCUUGUUCAACUUCUUGUCGAGUAAAAUGUGUGUACGUUGUUUUCCACAUGUGACUAAAUAUUUUGAUCCAGGCCGGUUGAACUUCUUUAUCCACGAAACGUACCCAUGCGGAUUUUUGUUGUUUCAAAUACACGAGAAUCUUCAUCCACUUGGUUAGAAUCUUAGAAAAACGUCAACUCAAUUGAAAGAAGGUUUCAGUUUAUCCUACAGGCUAUCGAUAUAAGCACGUCCACUUCAAUGGAAGGUAUGGCUUAAAGACGUUUUAACGAUCCGCACUGAAAAUAACAUUAAAAUGGCUUCAGGGACCAUACUCACCAACCUUUAUUUUGGUAAAUUUCUGAUAAGGCUCGUUGUUUGUUUCGGUGACAAUGAGCUGAUUUUCCUUUUGCUAUUUGAAACAAUGAUUUCUCAAGCCUGUAAGUAAGUUUUAAUCCCUCCUUUCUUUCAGUGUUUAAGAUUUCAAUUGUUUUCCUGCAAGUCAGCUGCAGUUUUCUCGUGCUUGUUUGUCUUCUUGGUGAGAAGUGACCUGCACUAUUAUAGCCUCCCUUUCGCGCGAAAACAACUACUCGUCCGGUCGCCCGGGAGUACGAAACGUGCCUGUUUGGUUUCAUCAAUAAGUGACUGAUUCUGACAGGUCGAAUUGUUAAAUUUAAAGCUAGUAUUGGAAAAUGAGGCAUAAAGCAAGUUGUUCUCAUCUCCUGAUUCACGGUCUGACUCGAUAUAAUUUGUCAGGUUGAAUGGAAUUGGUUCUUUUCUAUUAGGUGCUCCCUUCGCCAAUUUUUUUACGGAGGUUCUUGAUCCGCAGUUUCGUUUAAGCGGGCACUGUACGUGUUUUAACUUUGUAGAUCUGUGUACCAAAAAAGGGCAUGAUAUUGAUCAAAUGAAUGCAAUGCAAAGUAUCUAGCUCUGAAAAAAAUACAACUAACCCUCAUUCUUUAUUAUUAUAAACUCCCUCCCCCAGUAACCGCCCGAGGCUGUAACGAGCCUCUCCCUGAGUUGAAACGUAAAAUAUUGCAGAUUGUUUAUCUGAGGCUCCUCAUGUUUUCACAGCGGUUAGGAUGGUGUGUAAUUUCCGCACACUUGCGGGUAGUAUUGUAUUGGUUGGCAGUGGCCUGGCUCUGCGAAGUUGCUCUAGUUUUGAAGAAUACAGCGACGCCUUCAACAAGGUUGUUUUGCCUGCUUUUACCAAGCUUGUUGAGCUGAGUGAAAGCUCUCUAUGCUUUACAGUGCUAGCCGAAACACCGUCAGCUCUAAAAGAGUUAUGGAACAUUUACAACAACGAAACUUUGAAGAAUCGUCUUCAAAGUUUUCUUGUAACCGAAGAAAUCAAACAACUGGUAAAGGGAGAAGAAAUGGAGGUGACCGUUUACAUCGAUGAAAAGGAAUAUAGAGCAGCUUAUCUUGAUCUCAUGUUCCAACAAAAUCACGGUUAGUCAGAAUACCUUUUCUUGUAUCUUGACCAGUGAACGUACUAGGGGACUGGGACUGGAGUUGCGGGCCUCUUUAUUUAUUGUUUAUUUAGGUUUUAAUAGUUUUAAAUAUGGCAGUUGCCUAAAACCAGUCUAGUAUCUAUCCAGGUAAGGCAUCUUAUGAACUCAGGGUUGUGCAGGGACUUAUGACUUUGCAAUAUAGCACUUGAAUCUACCAGGAGAAAUAUCAGUUUCUAGACAUGAUUGAAGAUUGUUACCUCAAGUACAAAUUUUAGUGCGUCAAAAGAAAAUGUUGCUGUUCAAUUGUUUGUAAUAUCGGUUUUUUUAUUAUUUUAUUUUUAAUAUGUAAAGGGUGAAUAAUAGAAAUUACAGAGACUUUACAACAAUUAUUCACCAAAGUGGAGGUGGCUAGUAGUGAAUAUUUACCGAGUUAUUUAGCGGCGAGUUAAAUCUCCACCACUAGCCAUCGACACUGAGGUGAAUAAUUGUUUUAGUAUGUACUAAAACAGUGAGAUAAUUAAGCUCAAAAAUGAUGAUUUUUAACUCAUUUACUGUUGCGAACGAUUACAGUUUUGGCGCACAAUGACCGAACGGCCGCGGUCGUUGCUUUUUCUUGCCGACAGAUAAGACUUUUGAAGGCAUUUGUUUAGCUCUUGCGGGGAAAUUUCUUCAAAAUGAGUUGUGAACUAUUUUUGUAGUUAAAAUCAUUCUGUAAAAAAGAUUAUUAAAUUUAUGAACAAGUCCACCAAAUAAAGUAAGGCAAGACUUAAGCUUAAUUAAACAUUGGUACACAAAAAACUUUUUCACCGGUUUUAUCGAUAAAUUCAAGUCAAAAAGACAAAGUUUUACCUGUUCAACUUCGUCACCUUCUUCGUGUAUUUCGGGAACAGCUUGCUUGAUUAGUUGUGAAAUUUCUUGUUUGUAACGGCAGCAAACCGGGAAGGCAUUUUGCUCCCAACUUACGCGAGUUUGGCGUCGCUCGCUCGGAGGAACUGGAGGAGAAUCAGUGAAUAGGUUUGGUUUUCAAAGCCGGUGCUUUUCGCUACUAGUGGGCUAUAACAAAUAGCCUAGUAGUAGCUCAACUAAUCAGAACGAAGCAUUGAUAAUAGCCCUCUGGUUUACUAAUACAGGAUAUUCACUGAUUGGGUAGCCAAUCAGAGCGCGCGAAAAACACUAUCCACUAUUUUAGUAUAUACUAAAACAAUAUAAGGCACUAGUCACUUUUUUCAUCGAUCCAUUGAAAUGGAAAUAUUUUUAGCUGCUUUGGUAUAAAUUUGUUAAGGAUGUCACAUCUCUUAAAAGAAGCGUGAGUGGCUUCUCGAUCCUACUUUGUUUACAAAUAUGCUUGAAUGUCCUAUCUUACUUAAUCUUAAAGUGAAAUAGAGGUCAGUCACCUAGGCAGCCAUUAUCUUGGGUUCUCAAAAAUAGCUCCUGCCCAAAAUAUAUCAGCUGCUAGGACAAUGGGAUAGCCUACGUUCAAACAAAACAUUUUCCCGUAGUCAAAUAUUUCAUGACAGGUAUACUAUCGGUUUAGUUCUUUCUUAUCCUUUUCGACAGGUGCUGAUAACGUCAGCCAGGAAGGUAGCAGACAUCGAAGGAACUCAGAUUCAUUUCUUUCUCUCAGCCCAAAGGAGAAUGAAGUGACUUUGAUGCUACUGAACCAGGCGGAAAAUAAAUGGAAUUUCAAGAUGCAAAUUCUUGAAGUUGAGAUUGACAAACUAAAA